UGGUGUGGAAACAGAGCACACUUGUUUUGAACCAGCCGUCUAUUAUUUGUUACUGUAUGUGCGGGCACAUUGUUAAAAAUUGCUGUUUUAUGUAGAAAGGCUCGACUGGUAUAUUUCUUAAAUUUAAAUUGAAAACAUGAAUGAAUCUGAAGUAAUGGAAGUUGACCAAAUGGAGUGCGACGUCUGCGGGGAACGCACCUUCCAAGAACGCGAGGGUUAUUAUUACUGUGUCGAGUGCGGUACUAAAAAGGAACAGUUGUUGGCAGUGGAAAUCAGCGCCGAAGACACUUUUAACGACACCUCGAAGCACACAUCACAACGCACUAUAAAGAAGCCGAAGAUUAACUCGGAAGAUGACGACAUCACAUCCUGGGAGUUCUACAACUACGUAUUGCGUGGCUUCCUCCAAGAACUACUCAACAUGGGCGCCAAACCAGAGUUAAAGUUAAUGACCUUACAAGUGUGGGCAGCAUACAUGCGACGUAUGGAAGUUGCUUUCUGCAAGAACAAUGAGAUGGGCCUCCCAAAACUGAACGUGCGCGCCCUGCAGAGAGACGCAAGGAUUAUAUACAAUCACACCCAAAAUAAACGGAAACGAGAACGCCAAAUUAGGAAGCAAGGGAAUCAACUCGGAGAUGAGCGAGCCAACUGGCGGGAAUGGAGAAAGACAAAGCGUAAGUUGGACGAGUCCGGUCUUAGCGGCGGGUCACCUCUAUCCAGGUCUGUAGGGCAGAGCAAUCGCAGCCUAAAGCUGCAAUGGUCAACUCAUGCGCGUCGGUCCCUCAAAAAGCAGAUGCCGCUAAAGCAUUUGGACAAACACAGUGUAGAUAGCUCAGGUAGCAUGCAUUGUCACAAAUUACAUCCCAAAGCGAGCACUUUAAGCAAUUUUGAUCGCAAUAUUUACUGCCUAAACAUGACCAAGCUGUACGUGGUGUUGGCCAUAUCACUAAAUCUAGUUGAGGACGAUAUCCAGUUGACGGAUUUGCUGCGACUUAUCGAUGAGGAGUAUCUGUCUAGUCGAAAUAUGUUGAGCUAUUUGCCCGACAACGUGGCCAUGCAUGGCAAGACGCUAAUCAAGCAGCUUCAAUUUGGCCACCAAUUCGACAAAUGUAGCUUCAAAUACCUCCGUGCUCAUAUUGCACAAAUGUCGCGCUUCAUAGAUCUGAAUGGCUUUCAGAACCCGGAUCUGAUUGGCCUGGCGAAGCGCUAUGUGCUGGAGUUGAAUUUGCCACCGGAAAUUGCCAGCUAUGUGGCAAGCUUGAUGGAUGCAUUGCCGCCGUCCUUUAACCCCAUUAAUGGACCCCACACAUAUCCGCGUUAUGAAGCCCGAGUAAUGGCCUAUAUAGUCUACGUACUAAAGCUAAUGUUUGGUCUGGACGAUGUCAAAGAACGUGCAAUAUCCGAUUCGGCCUUACUUGUCAAUGAGCACCUCUCACUUGUAAACACGAAUUUGAACCAUAAGCCAAUGGCCCCACUUUUUGUCUACACGGAGUGGAUGCAAUUUGUAGAAAUGCGUAAGAAUUUCGUUGCUCAUUUUAACGAAAGCUUCGCCCAACGCUUUGGCGUGUCCACUCAAAGUGGACGCAAGGUAGACGACUUUUUGAGCAAGGAGCGUAGGCAGAGAGACCAGGAAUACAACUACCAGGAUAUGCUGCUAACUCCAGCCAUGCAACGUAUGCGAGAAAACAUUUGCCUCAUAUUCGAAACGCUGCUCAGAAAUAAAUUUGGAUUGAGCAAGGAAGCAGACAUCAAAGACAGCAUUGAGUUCCAGCCCAGUUUAACGCCAGCGCACAGUUACUUUAAGCGUAUUCUGCUACACGUCACUCAGACGGAGAAGGGGGACUUAAGUAUCCAGGUUCCGGAAUGGAUGGUUGUUGAUCACACUGAACAUCAAGUGGCUCCAUUUAAAAAUCAAACCACUGAGCUUGCCCAAUACUUAGCUACUGCCGGAAAGCAAUUGAGUGUCAUUGAAUUGGCUUGUCAGGCGGAUUAUCAAAAGAUUGGAUUAUUUCAGACACUACAGCGCACGAGACCUCGUUGCAAAGAGGGCCGCGCCAACUGCGACAUUAAGACGCAGAAUUGGAUUGAUGAGUUACGUCGCAGGGAAAAACGACCUGAUUUCGUAUUUCGCCAACCGGUGGCUCAAUAUGGUAAACAAUAUCAGGGUAAAAUUAUAGAACGUGCCGAGCGUCGCCAGGCGCUGGAGGCAAACAAUCCGUUUUGGAAGAUAAGCUCAACACCAAGCUAUAUACUAAAGGUUAACCAAGAAGAUAUUGCGCUUAAGGAUUUGGCAGCAAUGCAAGUAUUCGAUGAGAGCAACAUGGACCCCUUGCGAGUGCCGUUAAAGUUGCCUCGUCGCCAAAUCAAUUUACUGCCAGAGACCAAGGACUCAAUUGAGCCCAAAUUAGAAGCAUGCAGUGAGCAUGAAGAUGACGAAGUAGAUGAGGAAGAGUCUAAAAAGAAAAUAAUUCAAUUAGAGCCGCUUUUAAAGAUAUCAAAUUUUGAUUGUUGGCUCUUACAUGGUUAUAUAUCAAAAACAGGCGAGUCAACCAGGAAGGAUUUAAGAAAGUUCUUCCCCUGCUCAUUUCGUUGGUUGCUCGACACCUGCGCCGCAACUAUUGGUGUCAAUUGGGAUGUGUUAUAUGAACAAUUGUUGGUGCUAGAGGUGAUGUUUCACCAUGGCAUCGAGGACUGGAAUAAUCAAUCCAAUCACUUACGCCUUAAAUACAAUAUCUUGAAUAAGGACAUUAAUUUACUAACGAAAUCUUUCAGAGAUAUGUGGUAAAAAAUAAAAGUCCAUUCGAAAGCCCAAACAACAUGUAAAAAAUGUCUAAUCCAUAAUUUGAUGGUCCUUGUCAAGAAUGUAAACAGGCACUCCACAAGACUUGCAGCUAUCAAUAAGCAAAUAAAUGUUUAUUACGAAAUUACAGAGAUAGGUGCGCUGUGAUAACAAUUAAAGCAAGAACUUCACUUAACCAGCACAUUGUUGAUUUGUUUAUGCAUUACUCAAAUCUUCAAACCGAAAGACCCUGAUUGGCUUUUUCGCUCCUCACCCGCAGAUAGAGAAGGCUCUUCUUCCACCUCACCACCUCACCAGCACAUACAGCGAGCAACGGCAGGUGUUGAACGCUAUUGCUAAAUAGAAGAGAGAGAGAGAGAGCGCGCGAGGAGAGAGUAUAUGAGAGCAAAUUAGCUACAGUGGAUGCUUCUCAGACGGAACCUAGCAAAAAAAUAUUGCUGGAAUAUAAAUUUGCUAAAUACCAAAAAAAAUAUAGUAAUCAUAGUACAUAUAUAUCGACUAUUGUUACAUAAAUCUAUUUACGUUCUAACAAUAAUGCAUUUACAUAACAUAAGCUACAUUAAUAAAGAAUUACCGCUAGGAUAAUAA